UUUGGUGCUCAGGGUUUUGGAAGAAAGAUUUGAAAUAUGGGUGUAACAUAAGACGCUAAGUAGAGGUUCGCUUGCUGUCUCCGGGUCUGUUGAGUCAAGGGGGGAUUCUGAACCGUGACUUCUUAUGUGACGAAAGGCACGUGGCAGCGGCUCCGUGUCUCACAUGACCCCUUUGAACUUUGCUGUGACUCUGAGUCGUGACCGUCACAGAAUGCAUGUUGACUUCCUAUCGCCAUGACCGACCCCGCCAUGUACGCGCUCCCCGCAUUUGAGCUUCCUCUCUCAAAAGUACCUCCCGGUUUUGAAUGGGAUGACCGCAGCCUCUCUACUACCUUCACAGAGGAAACAGUCGAGGCAUGCGUGAAUGCUCGUGAUACAUUUAGGGGCAGUGCUCGCUGUGUGGUAUGCGGCGAAUGUAUACCUUUAGUAUGUCGUAUCAUAGCUGAGACAAAGUAUUCCAACGCAUGGGAUAAUCUCAGAAAGCUGGGAUGGCUGCCAGAAUGGGCCAAUGAGAAUGCCGAGCACGAACCGCGCAACGCCUUCAUCUUGUGCCCCAAUCAUAAAGUGUUUUUUGAGAGCUAUACGUGCUUCAUCCGCUAUGUGCCGUCUGAACGCAAGUUCAUCUUCGUCAACUACAACGAUCAUGAAUCCAGCCGGAAACAUCAUGGCAAGGCAGUCGCGCUCGACAUCAGCGACGAGCACGCCCCCUUUCCGGCGCUGUUCCUUCUUCACGAGCAGCGCGUGCGCGGAUUUCAGCCGUUCUGCGACCCUUCGCCUCUGCUACCCAAAGAGGUUGCGUGGCAGGAUUGGCUUUCAACGUGGGAUAUUCUGCGACCAGCUACGGAAGACUCGCUUUUCUACCGCGAGGGACCACCUCCUCGUCGUUAUCACCAGCAACAUGUCGCCCCCGUCUACACUGGCAAUUCGAACACCCAGCCUAAAUCAGGAAAAUCGCUAGCCCUCAAUAACGACGUGAUUGCAGAGAUCCUUGCGGCGUCGCGCGAAACGCCCACUUGGAAGGCGGCUGUUGUGGAGAAUACGAGCUGGGAUGGGACGGCGGAGGAGAAUGUCAGGAGGUAUCAGGAUAUCAUGGACGGCAGAACCGAAUAGUAGGCUAUGGUGCCGGUACCGGACAGUCGUUGAUGUCACUCGACAAUGAUGCAUAGUGCAGAUCAUCGCUACAUAGUACAUACAGUCUAUAAUUCUAUUGUUCUUCUCCCAGAAAUACUCAGCACCUUCGGAUCGUGCUGCCUCGCCCAUGCCUCUGAAUGAGACUCAAUUAUUCCCUCCCUCAUACAGGGAGCCCGAAUAUCUGCUUGACGUAUUUGACCGUCUCUUUGUCGCCGGUGUU